AUGGGGCCCCUGAGUGUCCGGGCGCAACGUGCUCAGCCUCGUUCUCGUUCUCUGAACGGACGCGUGUGUGGUAAAAACCCCACCCGCCCCACCCCGCGGACGCCGGCGCGCGCUGAAGCCGUGCCGAGCGUGCGCAUACAGAGUACAGAGCGGCCUCAACCAGCCUCCAUCUGCCUUCGACCUGAGACGGCACAGGACGAUCUCGUGCCCGUACAAAAGCGACACGAAAAGCAGCACGAAAAGCGGCACGAAAGCCGCGCCGCGCCGCACCAGCACAGACGAUCCGAGGGGGGUUGGGAGGUGGAAGCGCAUGACUCCCCGGAGUCGACCCGAUCCGACACCCCAUAG